UAUUGAGGAAUGCUACUUCUACUUCCACUAUUAACUCUUUCCAAACAAAGAAUACAUCUUGCUCUCUGUGCUUUGCAAUCUACUGGGCAUUUGCAGUCAUAUUUUCGGUUAUUUUAUACUUGAAAUAUCGAUUAAAAGUAACUAAAGUGGAUCCGAAAUGGCGUCGGGUAAUAGUUCUGGAGCCAGUUCGUCGAGAAGCCGUUUGAGUGGGUCUGCGUCAUCAAACUCGGAACGCGAGCCGAGCAAAGAGCAAAAGUCGACUCCCAAGAUGUCGAAGGCUUUGAAUACGAGCAUGAAAAGAAUUCAGAAGGAAUUGGCCGAAAUAACUCUCGAUCCGCCGCCGAAUUGCAGCGCUGGACCCAAGGGCGAUAAUUUAUAUGAAUGGGUGUCGACCAUUUUAGGGCCACCGGGAUCUGCAUAUGAAGGAGGUGUGUUUUUCUUAGAUAUUCAUUUUUCGCCGGAAUAUCCCUUCAAGCCACCAAAAGUUACAUUCCGUACAAGAAUCUAUCACUGUAAUAUCAAUAGUCAAGGUGUGAUAUGCUUAGACAUUCUCAAGGACAAUUGGAGUCCUGCCCUGACCAUAUCGAAAGUACUCUUGUCUAUCUGUUCCUUGCUUACCGACAGUAACCCUGCUGAUCCAUUGGUUGGAAGCAUUGCUACUCAGUAUCUCCAGCAUAGAGAAGAGCACGAUCGUAUUGCCCGAUUGUGGACCAAGAGGUAUGCCACAUAAAUGGGAUUUUUUUCAUGUUAUUUUACUGAAUGGUUCUGUGCUUCACAGUAGUGUUAAAUUUCUGUUUUCUUUUGUCUAAGCAACAAGCUUAGUAUUUCUGUCUUGCCUAAGUUGCAAAAUUCUAUAUGUUUCGAAUGAAGCUGGUGUUUUGAAAUGUUGUAGAUGUGUCAUUUAUUAAUAGACUGAUGGUUUAUCAUUUGCUGCUUGCACAUUUGUGUUUUAGUUAGUUUAAGUAAAGCAUUUUUGUGGUUUGGGGUCUAAUCUAAGCUACAAUAUACCUCAUUAAGUUGUUACCUGACCCUCUUUAUUUCAUGUGUUAGUGUUAUUUUAAAAUGGUGUGGAAUAAUUAAACAUUAAAUCCUCAUUCACAACCUGAUUAUAUAUAUAAUUCUUAUGAUUUGUAAAUGCUCGUAAAUAUAUAUUCUAGAAUAUCCCUAUUCUUUUCAAAGUUAAUAUCUGCAUAAAAAUAACGUUAAUAUUCGCUGAUUUAUUAUUCAAUUUUAAACACUAUUAUUCCCUUGUAUUGUGUGAAGAUAAAACAUGAAAAAUAGUAUUAUGUGUAAAAAAAUUUGGUGUUUGAAUAAAUUUUUUUUUUUUAAUCAUUGUAACAGUUGAUGUAUAAAUAUAAUAUUUUACUUAUGCCACAUAAAGUUGAAUUGCUGAAACAUUUUUUUUUUCUGUUCACAUUAAAUGUUUUACAUAACCUUCCUGGUUUUGUAUUCAUUGUUUUGGUAUUGUCUUGUGUACAUUGACACUUACUAAUGUGUUUCAUAAAUAAGUAUUUAUUUUCAUAUUCAUAACAUAAAUGUUUUCAGCUAUAACUUGGCCUCUUUAUUUAAUAACUUUCUUUUUUUGCAAAAAAAAAAAAAAACUUCUAUAUGUAAAUUUGACAGUAGGAAUUCAUUUCUUUCAAUUAUAAAAAUAUAUAUAUAUAUUAUUUUAUGCCUUUAUUUCUCAGCUCUAUGUGAAAUUUGACUUGUGGAAUGCUUUUCUGUAGACUGAUCUGUUUUAAAACAUUUGACUUAAAACAAUGAAUAUUUCAGAUAUUUUAAAGAAUGUUUUAUUAAAGACUAAAUGAGAGUUCUUGUAACUUUCUGUUGGUCUGUGUAAUAGUUUCUUCAUUAUCAUUGAGGAUUUUUGUGAACAAUUAUGUCAUAGUAAUAAUUAUUAAUUAGUAAAUAUUGACAGAUUCGCUUGUUCUAUUCUGUUCUAUUAGAUCUUAUUCUUCAUUGUAUUACUCAACUGUUUAUUGAAAUUUGACAUGUGUAAACAAAAGAUAAAUUUCACUAUUGAAUCUUGAAUGCAUAAAGAUAAGGAAAUUGCUCUUAUUUUUCUUUAAACAUUUUUAAAUGGAUUUUCCCCUUUAAAUUUCACUGCACAGAGAGCAUUCUUGUUAUCUUCUACGUGUGAAUUUCUUUUAUUAGUAAUAGUACGAAGCUAUUGUACUUCAUUGUUGUAUAAUAACUUGCUAAAAGAAAUUUUACCACUAAAUAUUGAUAUUAUCUUCUUCAUAAAAUGAUAUUGUGCCGUUUUGAAAUAAGUGAUUGUCACUAGUUUUUAUAGCGGCAACCAUCAUAAUGGUCUUAACUGUAUUAAAUUCAAUGUAAAAUUUUCCAAGUUCAUAUGAAAAAAUUCACAUUAGAAGCAACAAUAUGUUUUUAAAGUAUAAAAUUAGAUUUUUGAUAUGUUUGAAGAUCUUCCAAAUCAAUUUGAAAUUUUUUAUUUGGGCAAAGUAAAUAAACUGAUUGCAAAAAAUGUCAGUAAUAAGCUAAUGGAUAAGAUUAUGGUUAAUUCAGUAUUUUUAUUGUAACUCUGCUAAUAAAAGUGAAUUAUUUCAAAUAGUUGUUCAAUUUAUUUUAAAUAUGUAGAACAAAAUAAAAUAUUCUCAAUAUGUUAAUGUAGAUGUUGAUACUUCUGAAUUGUAGAAGUUUCAUGACUAUUGUAUGUUUUACAUGUACUAUGUUAUGUUAAUGUAUGUUAAAAUGAAGAGUGAUUGCCAAUUCUGUUAUCUUCUUCCCAGAACUAAAUUUGGAUUCAUUAUUUUGUCCUGUUCUGAAUUUAUCUUUUUUUAAAAUUGAUAAUAUAUGUUCCAUUACUAUAAAUAUGUUUCAUAAAGUCCAAUAUUUAUUUGGGAGAUGUUCCUCAGAUGCAUUGUUUUCUGAUUGUGAAAACUGCUAAUUUGUAACUAAACAUUGUGUCAUUUUUGCAAAAGCUCAUUUGUAGUUUGUGUUGAGUAUUUGUAAUCAAAAUAAACUACAUUUUUUGGAAA